CUGGACGGUCAUAAUCUCCGUGGAACUGAUUAGAAGUUUUAAAUUGUGUUGUUUACUGUUAUGAUUCCUUAAAUAACAGUUUAUAUACAUUUCCUAAGGUAUGACUUCUUGCAUCGUUCCCGAUUUUCCAGCCGUUUUAGUGGCAUUGGAACAUCUACACGAGAUUGAGAAUCAACUUCAACUGGAAAGAGUCGGCUUGAGCGACGAUGCGUCCCAGAGCUUCGCGCAAAUCGCGGCGGCGAUCGAAGAGCUGGAGCGAUCCAGGAGAAGUGUGCGCGAAGAACUGGAAGUGGAGACCAUUGAGACAAGCAAGUUAAGACAUGGCCUGCAGAGCCAACCCAGUAUAAUAAAGGCAGAGUUGGCAGAUGCUCUGGCUGCUGUGCGGGAUUCAAACGCAGCUCAGUUGAAUCAGUUAAAGCUGGACUUGCAGCGGGUCACAGAGGAGGUGGACAUCGCUGAGAAAAGCCUACGUUUUCUAGCAAAACAUAACUCUUCUCUUUUCCCGGAAAGAGAGCAAGUCCGAGCUGAACAUGAAGGUGUUAUUGAACAACUGAAUAAUCACCUGACAGAAAAGGCCAAUAAAAGGAUUGUGGUCAAUGAGAUAUACAUCAAAAUACGGGACACUGAAAAACACACAGCUCGAUUGAGAAAAGCUCUGGAAAAUUUGGAAAAAGCGAUGAUGGAGGAAAGAAAACGCUUUGGGGAGAGCAAGGACGCACUUGGAAUCAAAAUAGGUGAAUUUCAAAUUAAACUGCAGCAUCAGAAUGAAGAAAAAGCAAAGCUCAAAAAAAGAAUGGAUGACAUGACUUCAGAACUAUGUGAUAUCGAGGACCAAAUAAGUGAUCAGCAAAAGUGUGUUAAAAUUUUAGAAAAAUCAAUUUCCUUAUUAAAAUCUUCUCGCAGCAACCAAAAUGAAGAACUAAGCAAUGCUCAGAGGAAGAUGCAAGAUCUGUUAAAACAAAAAGUACACCUUACAAAUGAAAUCGCUUCAAUGACUGAAAAGUUUAAAAAAGAAGCACAGAACCUCAGAGACAAAAACUUAAAGGCUGAAAGAGACAUUAAAGAAGCUGAGGAAAAGAAUCUUGAAUAUCAACAAUCCAUGGCAAAACUAAGUGACAUCUAUGAAGACAGAAGAGAAAAAGAAAACAAUUUGUCAAAGAUACACUUGGAUAUAAGUAACCAGCUUGAAAUGUCUAGACGCUGCAGAGAAGAAAAUAUGGAAAACAUUGCCAAGCUUAAGAUGGACACCAAAGCAUUACAGAAUGAAAUUGCAGAACUAACUGAAAACAGACUGGUGAACAUUGAAAAGCAUAAACGUAAUCUUGAAGAACUUAAUGAGCAACUAAGGACUGAAAGACAAGCAAGGUUAUCACUGCAGGCUAAACACGAUGAAAUUAACACUGAACUGGACAGACUGAAGGAAGGGCACCUGGCGUACAUGAAAGAAAAAGAAAGAGAAAUUUUGCUGAACAGGAACCAGCAUGCUGAACUUUCCAAAGAACAUGAUGCUCUUCAGAUUGCCAAUAUGAAUUUGUAUGAAGAAAUUGAAGCUCUCAGCCAGCAGCACAGCAAGGCAGAGGAGGCAUACAGAUUAAUGGAGCAGUCAUUAACCGCUGAUGUUCAAGAGCUGGAGAACCGCACAGAAGCCUUAUCACAAAAUCAACUGAAAAAAGAAGAGCAACUAAAGACAAGCCGUCCUAUUCUACAGGAGGCCAUUGCAGAUUUGGAAGCAGCCCAGCUAAACUAUGAAGAUAAAAAGAAACAAUCUGUUGCUUUAAAAAUCCAGGUGAAAAAUUUGGAACAAUUAAUUUGUAAAUUUAACAAUGAUACAACGGCAACUUUAAAAGGAAAGAAAGCCCUAAAAAUGGAACUCGAUACGCUGAGUGCAUUAAGGAUGGAACAACUAAAGAAUCAGGCUGCUGUAAUAAACAGUACCGAACGAAGCAUUUAUGAGCACGGUUCAAGACUGGAGCUGGUGAACUUGGAGAACUCCCGAUUACAUCUGUGUAACUGUCAACUAAACAAUGAUAUUGAAAACUUGAGAGUGGAGGCAGAAGAUCAUACCAAAAACAUUAAAAGGAUUCAAGAUGAGAUAACUAAGGUGUUUGAGCUUCUAAUAAAUGCAUGGCUUGGAGAUGUCUCAGUUCAAGAGGAGUAUUCUGAGAGUGACCAGGCUAUCCUAGAUGAAAUAUACAAACUUCUAAAACAAAUUGAACAAAGACAAAAGAAAAUUGGAGGAAUCAACGUCAAAUUUCAAGAUGAGCUUAGUGGGAUUGCUUCCGUUUUUGGACAUCAAACAGCACUCCCGAGAAACACCACAAUGUAAUGGUUUAUAAUGCAUAUGGAUUGUAAAUAAAUUCAGUAAAUUAACAGUAAA